AUGUCUUUUAAGGUAGCUAAAAUCCAGACCUUGAAACGAGAGGUAGAUCCGAAGGACAAAGCAUUUAGAGUAGCAAAUGGAUCACUUUUUCAGGCUAUAGGAAGAGGGAAGAAGAAUUCUGAUUAUGAACAGGUAAUAUACACUAUGUGGUCCUUAAUUAAGGAUAGAUUCCUGCAGGUAUGUAGAAAACCAGCUUAUUCUAGAGGGAUCCAAUCUAUCUUAAAAUGGGGUGAUGACAAGUACAAGAAUCUCAUCUUUGAAAUUAUUGAAAAUCAUAUAAUUACAUUGUGUAUUGAUAGUCACUCUUAUAGAAUUAUUGAAAAACUUUUUACGUAUGGAGAUUCUGAGAUACGUAACAAGACUCGGAAUAUAAUUUUGGAAAAGUCUGAACAAGUAGUAUACUCUAAAUUUGGAUCUCGAGUCUUUAAUCAUGUAUUCAGUGAGAAAAAGAAUCUAUCUGAAUCUUAUGAAAUCCUAAAAAAUAAAUUUUUAUAUAAAUUCUUGGGUACAAAUUUAUCAAGAGUAUAUGAUACUAAAAAUACAUUUAAGGAUUUUGCAAAACCUUUUACUGAUAUCUUUGCAUCUAUAAUUCAGCCAGAUGUUAAACUAAGUAUAUUGAGUAACUGUCAAAAUGUAAUUCAAAAGUAUGUUGAUAAUGAGAUCUUAGAUAAAGCCUUUAUUCAUACUGUAAUUUGGACUUAUAUUAGUUGCUGUGUUCUAUAUUACAAGAUGGAUACAAUUAUUCCUCAAGAAAAAACUAAUAAAGAUAAUUUACUAGUAAAAAAUUCUUUGAAUGAAACAAAUUCAAGCAAAAAUAAUCUUCUUUGUUUAGAUAAUAUAAGUGAAGAAGGGACUGCAGCAUUAACAAGUCUAUUAGAACAAAUACUUGAAGGUUCAUAUCAUUUACUGAGUACAAAAGAAGGCGUAAAUUCACUCAUUGUUUUAUUAGGAUUCGCAAAAGCUCAACAGAAGAAGAAAUUACUUAAAAGUAUUAAAAAAGAUAUUUUACAGUUAGCUGAAAACCCUAUAGACUAUGCAUUAUUGCUGAGAUUACUUGCUGUAGUUGAUGAUACAAAAAUACUGAAAGAAAUUAUUUGGAAUUCACUAAUUACUGAUAACAACAUUAUCCCUGAGUUAUUAAGUAAUCCCUAUACAAAUAAGUUAGUAUUGUAUCCUUUAACUCGUGGAGAAUCAAAGAGAUUUUUCAAUCAAUAUGAACUUUGGGUUAUGCAACUUAGAGCUCCUGCUACCUUGAAACUAGAAGUUACUAGAAAGGAGGAAAUGCUUGUAACUUGUUUCCCUACUUUGAUUAAUACACUUACUAAAAAUAGAGUAAUGGAAAGUACAUUACUAAAUACAAAUUCUAAGGAUACGCUUUUAGCUAUAAUAUACACUAUAAUGAAAUCCGAAUUUUAUAUUAAGACAUAUUUGAAUGAUUUAUUAUUCCAGAUUAUCUCAAGUUUGAACAGUAACUAUGACAUCUUGAAAGAUAACAUUGGUCAUAGAACAAUUGUUGGGAUUUUAAAGAUAUUAACAGAAUUUAUCAGAAAUAACCAUAAUGAUGAAAUCAUCAAAAUUAAUGAAGAAUUUAAAACUAAGCUCUUUGAAUUGAUUAUUUCAAAAGAUAUGAAUGAACUUCUUUCAACUAAAGCUGUAUUUAUCAUAGUGGAGAUGAUUGGGGAAAAUUCAGAAUUAGCAGACAAUCAGAGGUGUCAAAUAUGGAGAUUACGCAUUAAAGAUAUCAUAUAUCCCCAAAUUAAACAAGUUCUACAUAAAAUGAAAAUGAACAAAGAAAAUACUACAGGAAUUGAAUUACUAGAAAAGUAUCUCCUAAAAUCUUUAUAA